CCGCCUCCUCUCCUCUGCUCCAGUCUCCGGCUCCGUUCACCUCCCAAAACAACUCAACGAAAUCGAACUACCGAAGGGACGGAAGAAGAGAGAGAGGGAAAUCCAAUGGCGGACGCGGCGUCGUACGAGGAGCAGCGGCGGAGGCAGGUGGAGGCGAACAAGCGGAAGCUGGAGGAGCUGCAGCUCCACCACCUCUCCGCCGCCGUCCGAGAGGCCGCCGCCAAUCCCUCGCCGGCCAAGUCGUCGAAGCGGAAGGCACGGGCGCCGCGGGAUGCCACCGGUGGGGACGCGACGCCGCUCCGGCGGUCCGGACGUGUCGCUAACCUCCCCGAGCAGCCCAAGUACCGCGAGGUUGUUCCUGAUUUCGAGAGGAAGGUUAGGAGGACGUACGGCACGGGGAGGAGGGACCUGGCCAACCGGGUGUACGCGACCGACGAGGAGCGGAGCUACGCCAUCUCCAAGGCCGAGGAGCUGGAGGACGAGCUGGGCUCCGGCCACCCAAUCUUUGUGAAGCCCAUGACCCAGUCCCAUGUCACCGGAGGGUUCUGGCUGGGCCUCCCGACUCAGUUCUGCCGGAAGUAUCUGCCAAAGCGUGACGAGACGAUCACGCUGGUGGAUGAGGAGGAUGACGAGUCCGACACGCUCUACCUCGCGCAGAAGGCGGGCCUCAGUGCCGGAUGGAGGGGAUUCGCCAUCCAUCACAAGCUGGUUGAUGGAGAUUGCUUGGUCUUCCAGCUGAUUGAGAGGACAAAAUUCAUGGUCUACAUAAUCAGAGCAAGUUCCUACUACGAAAAUGAGGACUGAUGAAACUGGGGCCCUUCUAAUAUGGUGAUUGGAGCGCAGUUCUGGAGAUGGGUGCACUGGGCAAAACCAGUGUGAACAGGAUGGGACAAGUUCGCAUAUGGAGAUUGCUGGGCGUCUUCAACCUUUUGAGUGGCAAAAACACUGAUGUUUGAACUAUUUACUUAACCUAGUAUCUACCAGUUGCUAAUUUGUGGACUUCUUGGGCUUACAUGGUUCACAAAUCUGAAUUAUGUAAGGGGAUGUGUAUUGCAA